AUAGCUGUAAAAGUAAGCACGUGCAGAAGACGUUUAAAUGUGCAUGAGAGCAAUAAAUAGCCGUUGUUAAGAUCCCAAUUUGUUUUGAAAAACACUUCGCAAAAUGCCAAAAACAGCGGAAGCACAGGGCAGUCGCAAGAAGCCCAAAAGCCCGAGUAACGGUACAGCUAAAGCCAAGAAAACUGCCAAAUCGGAUAUCAAUAUGGCCGAUGUGGAUAUGCUCCUCAAUCCGAGCUCCAAACUAACCAAGGAACAGAAGGAGAGGCGCAAAAUGCUGGAGGACUAUGUGACCACCGAAUUUGAGCGGGCAGCUGAAAAUGGAUCUGGGGACUCCAAGGGCGAGUCCAGCCAAUCCUCGCCAGAAGAGGCCCGCUCCCUGAAGGGCAAAUCGAAGGCAGCCAGGCCCACGGAUCGCAAGCGACGCCUGCAAGCUGAGGACUCACCACCAGCGGAUACAAAUAACAACAAGAAGGAGGCCAAGGUGGCCAAAGAACCUGCCCAAGGAGCCACUUCCAACCGCAACAAACGCCGCAGUCAGGGCUUGGAAAAGACCUCGCCGAUUCAGGUCAAUGGCGAGGCUCUGGCCUGUCCCUUGGUGAGAAAAUCCCUGCCAGCAGCCAAAACGGGCGCCACUGCAUCCAACAACAAGUCCCCAGUGCGUGGAGGUCCCGCAAAAUCUUGCCCGCUGCCAGAGAAACGCAAAUCCUUGCCGUCGGGCAUGGCCAAGUCCUGUCCUCUGCCGCCCAAAAAGGGCAACCCAGUCACAAGCCCACAGAUUAAGCAGGAAUUGCCGGAGGAAGAUGACUAUGCCGAGGAGGAUGAGGAGCAGCUUAUUGCCACCGGCAGCAGUCAUGACCAUCAAGCAGAGCCCCCGGCUUUACCCGCAGAAAUCCACAAAGCCGACAGCAUCGAAGAGGGUCGUCGCAUCCUGCAGUGGAUCCUCAAUCCCGUCAAAACCGAACACUUUUUCGAGGACUUUUGGGAGAAAAACGCCUGCCUGGUGCAGCGCAAGAAUCCCAAGUACUACAGCGAUCUUAUAUCCUUCAAGAUGAUCGACGAGAUGCUGAUUCGCCAUCGCCUGGACUUCACCAUCAACCUGGAUGUGACCAGCUACAAGAAUGGCAAGCGUGAGACCCUAAAUCCCGAGGGCAGGGCCAUGCCGCCAGUCGUUUGGGGUCUGUACUCGGAGGGCUGCAGCAUUCGCAUUCUGAAUCCUUCCACCUAUUUGCCGGGCUUGCGACAGGUGUGCAGCAUACUGCAGGAGUUCUUCCACUGCUUGGUCGGGGCAAAUGUGUACCUAACGCCGCCGAAUAGCCAAGGCUUUGCACCGCACUACGAUGACAUCGAGGCCUUUGUGGUCCAAGUAGAGGGACGUAAGCGUUGGCGCUUGUACGAGCCGCCCCUUCAGUCCGAUCAGCUGGCCAGGAUCUCGUCGGGCAACUAUGAUCAGGAACAGUUGGGCGAGCCGAUACUCGAUGAGGUCUUGGAGGCUGGCGAUGUGCUAUACUUCCCCAGGGGCACCGUCCAUCAAGCCGUCACCGAGGAGGAACAGCACUCGCUGCACAUCACAUUGAGUGUGUAUCAGCAGCAGGCCUAUGCCAAUCUGCUCGAGAAACUAAUGCCCAUUGUGCUCAAAAAGACCGUGGAGCAGAGUGUGGCCCUGCGUCGCGGCCUGCCGCUGCACACUUUCCAUGUUCUGGGCGAGGCACAGAGAUCCAAUCAAAGCAAAUCACGCAAUCAGCUGGUGGAGGGCAUACAGAAAUUGGUGCGCAAACUUGUUCCCUCCGCUGAGGAUAUUGAUAAGGCAACCGAUCAGCUGGCCAAGAAGUUCCAGCACGAGGCACUGCCGCCGACCAUUUUGCCCGAGGAGAAACUGCGCACCGUUUUUGGCUCGCGCAGCACCACCGAUGAGCAGGGAAACUGCAUCUGCGACUACGAAUUCGACGCCAAGACAUCCGUGCGCCUGCUGCGCGCCAAUAUCCUGCGUCUGGUCACAGAGGACGAUGGCAGCGUGAGGAUCUAUCACCAUGUGGACAACGCCCUCGAGUACUGCAAGUACGAGCCCAUUUUCAUGGAGAUCCUGCCGGAGGAAGCGGCUGCCGUUGAGCUUCUCAUAUCUGCCUAUCCAUUCUACCUCACUGUCGGCCAGUUGCCACUGGAGACUGCGGCUCGGAAAGUGGAGGUCGUCACUGCGCUGUGGGAACGCGGUCUCCUGAUGACGGAGAAACCUUUUAGUCUGUAGAAAAUCAAGGGGAUAUCCCUAGAGAUCGUUAGGAAUUUAGGGUAUUACGAAAUUGCAAAAGAUCUUUAAGAUUUUAAAUCACUUUUGCGAGAACAGUCUGCAAUAGGUAAUGCACAACAAGCAAAAGAUCAGCAAAUCAGUAGGAAUCUUUAAAAAAAAUCAUAAAAUCAAUACAAAAUCUGGGAUAUGCUUUAGAAAUCCAGAAGUCAAUCUUAAGAAACCAAAAACGGUACCAAGCUGAUAUCAUCUAUAAGACCAGUUCUAAUAAUCUUUGUAAUCCUCAAGUUUUGCUGGAAACCCAAUCACAUUUGUAAUAUAUAAUAUAUCGUUUUGUUUAAA